GCGCUGGGGGUCAUACAUACCAAUUGAUGGGUUGAUCCCGAUGACAGAAAGCAUUUAUAUAUUAUCCUGCAACUACGCUUUGCAAUACAUCCAUUCUGUUCCAAACCAGGGUGCUUAGACGAGCAGAUUAAUGUCAAUAUCUAUGUGGUGGGCAGGCUCUCUGUCUCUGCAUGACAUGUGACUCAAGCGAGUUGGUGUGUGCAUGGAAUAGCCUAUUUAUUCAGACACCUGAUAUACGAAUACUAAAAACCUGUAUUAAAUAGAGAGACACAGAGCAAGAAAGAGUAACAGGGCACAGAUAUUUGUGAAGCAUGGAUAUAAAAGAUCAAGGAGCACAAAUGGAGCCGUUACUCCCGACGGUACUUACCACUGUUGGAAACAAGAAUGUGAGAAAUGAUGAGGAAGCGGUCGUUGACAGAGGUGGGACUCGUUCCAUUCUGAAGACUCACUUUGAAAAGGAGGACUUGGAAGGCCACCGGACAUUGUAUAUCGGUGUGCAUGUACCCCUCGGAGGAAAAAAAAACCACAGGAGACACAGGCAUCGUGGACAUAAACACAGGAAGAGAGACAAGGAAAGGGAUUCAGGUGUAGAAGAUGGAAGAGAGUCUCCAAACUAUGAUACUCCAUCUCAGCGCGUGCAGUUCAUUCUGGGAACUGAAGAUGACGACGAAGAGCACAUUCCCCAUGACCUUUUCACUGAGCUCGAUGAGAUCUGUAUGCAUGACGGAGAAGAUGCCGAAUGGAGAGAGACAGCAAGGUGGCUCAAGUUUGAGGAGGAUGUGGAGGAUGGAGGAGAGCGGUGGAGUAAGCCUUAUGUUGCCACCCUAUCACUUCACAGUUUGUUUGAACUGAGAAGCUGCAUCCUCAACGGAACAGUUCUGCUUGACAUGAGAGCUAACUCGCUUGAAGAAAUAGCAGAUAUGAUCCUAGAUCAGCAAGAGGCCGUGGGACAGUUGGAUGAGGAGGUCCGGAAGAAGGUGCGUGAAGCUCUUUUAAAGCAACAUCACCACCAGAACCACAAGAAACUCAGCAACAGGAUCCCCAUUGUCCGAUCAUUUGCAGAUAUUGGCAAAAAACAAUCUGAGCCCCAUUCCAUGGAUAAAAAUGGUCAGAUGGUUUCUCCACAAUCUGUACCUGCCAAUAUGGAGGGCAGAGGCGAUGUAAGCCGGGAAAAUAGUGCUGUUGAUUUUAGUAAGGUUGACCUGCACUUUAUGAAAAAGAUUCCUCCAGGGGCUGAAGCUUCGAAUAUUUUAGUUGGCGAACUUGAAUGUUUAAAUUGCCCUGUAGUUGCAUUUGUUCGCUUGUCUCCUGCAGUCCUUCUUUCAGGACUGGCUGAAGUUCCCAUUCCAACAAGGUUCUUGUUUAUUCUACUGGGGCCACUUGGAAAAGGUCAGCAAUACCAUGAGAUUGGCAGGUCGAUUGCAACUCUAAUGACUGAUGAGGUUUUCCAUGAUGUUGCAUACAAAGCCAAAGAUCGCAAUGACUUGGGUGCUGGAAUAGAUGAAUUUCUUGAUCAAGUGACAGUGCUUCCGCCAGGGGAGUGGGACCCAACAAUCAGAAUAGAGCCACCAAAAAAUGUCCCUUCUCAGGAGAAACGUAAGAUUCCUGCAGUGCCAAAUGGCACAGCAGCACUGGGUGAAGAACCGGAGGUAGGAGGUCAUGGAGGGCCUGAGCUGGAGCGAACUGGAAUGAUAUUUGGCGGGCUCUAUUUCGAUAUCAAAAGAAAAGCGCCACAUUACUUGUCUGACUACACGGAUGCCUUCAGUCUGCAGUGCUUGGCUUCGUUCCUCUUUCUGUACUGUGCUUGUAUGUCACCUGUAAUCACGUUCGGAGGGCUACUGGGAGAAGCAACCGAAGGUCGCAUAAGUGCUAUUGAAUCAUUAUUUGGAGCCUCAAUGACUGGAAUAGCCUACUCUUUGUUUGCCGGGCAGCCCCUCACAAUAUUAGGCAGUACUGGGCCGGUCCUAGUGUUUGAAAAGAUAUUGUUCAAAUUCUGCAAAGAAUAUGACUUGUCCUACCUCUCACUGAGAACCUGUAUAGGACUCUGGACGGCAUUUCUUUGCAUUCUCCUCGUUGCCACAGAUGCAAGCUCCCUGGUGUGCUACAUAACCCGUUUCACUGAAGAAGCUUUUGCUUCCCUUAUCUGUAUUAUUUUCAUUUAUGAGGCCCUAGAGAAGUUGAUUCACCUUGGUGAAACGUAUCCGUUCAACAUGAACAAUAAAUUGGAGAUGCUUACACAAUAUUCAUGUGUAUGUACUGAGCCAACAAACCCAAGCAAUAACACCCUGGAGUACUGGGACACGCAAAACAUCACUGUGUCAGAUGUAACUUGGGGGUCUCUAGAUGUACAUGCAUGCAUAGAGAAACAUGGAGAGUUUCUGGGAAAUGCUUGUGGGCCCCAUGGUCCUUACGUCCCAGACGUUCUCUUCUGGUGUGUUGUCCUCUUCUUCUCGACAGUCAUAAUGUCUGCCUUUCUAAAGGAUUUCAAGACCAGCCGCUAUUUCCCCACUAAGGUGCGGUCAAUUAUCAGUGACUUUGCUGUAUUUAUCACCAUCUUGACUAUGGUUUUAGUUGACUAUGGCCUAGGGAUACCAUCACCGAAACUUCAGGUUCCCAACGAAUUCAAGCCUACCAGAGAUGACCGAGGCUGGUUGAUUAACCCCCUGGGUGGUAAUCCAUGGUGGACUGCAUUGGUGUCUGUGAUUCCUGCUUUGCUGUGCACUAUUUUAAUCUUUAUGGACCAGCAGAUUACAGCAGUCAUCAUAAACAGAAAGGAACACAAAUUAAAGAAAGGCUGUGGGUACCACCUCGAUUUGCUGAUAGUGGGAGUCAUGCUGGGAGUGUGCUCCAUUAUGGGAUUGCCUUGGUUCGUGGCAGCCACUGUUCUCUCCAUAUCCCAUGUGAACAGCCUUAAAUUGGAAUCUGAAUGUUCAGCCCCAGGGGAGCAACCCAAAUUCCUGGGAAUUCGGGAACAGAGGUUCACUGGGUUGAUGAUCUUUGUGCUCAUGGGCUCAUCUGUGUUCAUGACCUCAGUGCUGAAGUUUAUUCCAAUGCCUGUGCUGUAUGGAGUGUUCCUUUACAUGGGAGCAUCAUCAUUAAGAGGCAUUCAGUUCUUUGAUCGUUUAAAACUCUUUGGGAUGCCAGCCAAGCACCAGCCGGAUUUCAUCUACCUGCGACAUGUUCCUUUAAGGAAAGUCCAUCUCUUCACUAUAAUCCAGCUCAGUUGUCUGGUCCUGCUUUGGGUAAUAAAGACAUCAAGGGCUGCAAUCGUCUUUCCAAUGAUGGUGUUAGCACUGGUGUUUAUUCGAAAACUGAUGGACUGUUUUUUCACAAAGCGAGAACUGAGCUGGUUGGAUGACUUAAUGCCAGAGAGUAAGAAAAAGAAAUUAGAUGACGCAGAACGAGAGGAAGAACAAAGUAUGCUGGCAAUGGAAGACGAGGGAAUAAUCCACUUGCCGUUGGAAGGAAAUUACAAGGAAGAUCCUGCAAUGGUUAACAUUUCCGAUGAAAUGGACAAAACGUCUGUCUGGAAGACUCUCGCCAUGAAUACUGAAAACACAAAAAACAAAGACGUGCACUCUAAAAGCUUUCACUCUAGUAGUGAAGGAAGACUGGAGAAGAAAGCGGAGACAGGGAAAGGCAUUGACAGGGAGACGUGUCUAUAACCUGUUUCUCGGUUACAUUGCUUUUUUCAAAUGAAAGACAAGUGUGCCAGUUAUAUAGUGGGGAGGCCUCAUUACAGUAUGUACAUUUUAUCAUGUAAGUCUGUAGGUAAAUUGUGUAAAGUUAUAUUUGAAUAUAUUUAAAACUGUACCUGUAUGUUUAAGAAAACAUACAGUCACUGCUAAAAUAAAUGUAUUUUUUGUGUCUGUUAAUGUAAAAUGAUACCAGCAAUUUAAAAAGAACAUAUCUGCUGAU